AGAAUUCGCAGUUUUUAGAUUCAUGCUCAUGAAGAGUCUAAUACGAUCUAUAGUAUCCCUACCUAAAAUUGCAUACCAAGAUGAGCAAGAUAUAAAGUAUGACUUAGCAUACGUUCAGCACAACGUGGUAGUAAGCUCGGGACCCGUCAGCAGCUCCUUCAAGAAAUGGUACCGAUAUCCCAUUGAGGACCUAGUCAAGGUGCUAACAUAUAAUCAUAAGAAAAAUUGGCAUGUUUGGAACCUACGAGGGGAAGGAAAAGGCUAUAAUGAAGCAGACGUGUUGGGUCAGAUGUCGUACUUCCCAUUUCCAGAUCAUCAACCUCCAUCUUUCUAUCUUUUGAUGCAGGUAGUCGAAAGUAUUGAUAGGUUUCUCUCCCAAAGUCCAGAAAAUGUUGCGAUUGUCCAUUGCAAAGCAGGAAAAGGCCGUUCGGGUACAGUGGCAUGUGCUGUCAUAAUGUAUGAAUCAUAUAAGCACGGAAUUUCCAUGUCUGCCCAUGAAGUGAAUGAGUUGUAUACACUAAGAAGAAUGCGGCCUGGGUCUGGCAAGGGAGUUUCAAUCAAGUCACAAUUCCGAUACCUCCAGUACUGGCAGAAUUACUUAGAUGCAUCAGAGGACAAACAGAAAGCAAUAAUGUUGGUGAACCAAGUGAACUCUCCGAUUAUGGUGCAGUUCACAGAGGUAAAAUUGACAAAUACUGUGAGAUACUUGACAAAUAAUUCUGAAAAUGCAGCCGAAAUAAACGUAGUCUUACAAGGAUACAAUCCUCGAAAAGAUGUCGAGUGUGGAGUUGAACUCGUACAGAUUUGGGAGUAUAAUAACAAGGAUGACACAGUACAAAUUGAAGGAAGAGACGUCAUACUUCGUCCUGGACACCACAUUAACGUUGCUCAUGUUUGCGACUAUCGGGUUUUUGUGAAUGGAGUGCUUUUUGCCUGGUUUAACGUGAGCUUGGAGACAGAAAUAGAUACUUUAAAGGGGGACUUUGCAGUCAAAUUCAAAGAAUUCGAUGGGUUUAAAGGCACAACCCAUCGCGGGGCACCUCUCUUCGAGACCUUGACGAUAUCAUGGAAGGUUGCGGUAGAUGGGUGAUACAAUUAACAGAGAAAUUGUUUAAAGGUUGCAACAGAGGAUCUUCUUGUUAUAGCAGCAUAUAUUCCAAUGAGUAUCUCUUGAUGACACUAUCGAAGGUGUUUUAGUAGUAGCUCACACCAGUUGCUCCAAAGACUUCUACCACAGAUGGGAGCACAUACAGUAAUAUCUACUUGAAUCAUUGCCCUUCUCCACUCUCCAAAUCGCCCUUCU